AUGGCACCGAUUUACGACGCAAACCAAAACCUCUCCUGUAUCUGCCUGACAUCCGCAUACGACGUGGCACAGUUCGUCGUUCGUGCCCUCGACAUGCCAACUUGGCCUUCCGAGAUGAGCAUGUGUGGUGAGCGUAUGACCGUCCAUGCCUUGGUCGAGGCUAUCAAGGCGUGCCGUAACCGACCAUGGGCUAGCAUUGACUACCAAGCCCCCGCCAAUCUCGAGUACCAAAUGACGAUGGCUCAACUAGGAGGAGACACAGCCGGACAGAGGCGGCUCGCACCGCUCCUCGCGACAGCGGAGGGGCGCUAUGAUUUUGCGGUACCCGCCUACCUCAACUCAGUCUACCCAGAAGUGCAGGUCACUCGUUUCCAAGACUGGUUCCUGCGCAACUGGGCCUCGAUACCCACAAACACAUUCAAAAUGGUUUCUUCUCAGCAAGGCUACGCUCCCACCACCGUCGACAUGAAGGGUAACACCCAAGCUGUCAACGAGGCUCAGUCCAACCUCCCUCUCCCCGAGCAGCCCCCUGUCGCCUCCGACUUCAACUCUGCCGAUGCCAGCACCGUCAACGUUGGCUCCGGUCGCCAAGAAGCCCCUUUCGCCUCCGGCGGUGGUGCCAUCCGCGAACCCGCUGUCGGUGCUGGCGGUGUUUCCGGACGUGAGGCCAAGGAUGGCCUUGGUGGCAUCCCCAACGACGCUGUCUCGCGCGAGGCCAAGGACAAGGCUGGUCUUGCCGACACCACCAACAAGGACUACGGAUACCCACAGAAGAACGACCCCAGCGCGGGCGUCAAGCAGUAG